AUGUCCACGAAAAUUAGAAAUAAAUUACCAUGUUACUGUAAAACAUGCAAUGGGAAAAUAGUGGAUGAAAGGACAAAAAAGAGUCAUGAAGAAUUAGAAACUCAAUUAGCUUUUAAUGUUUCCGGAUUUGUUCCCUCGGCAAAUAUGAAUAUGCUCUUGUCUAAUCCUGAACCUAACAUGACUCCUAGCCAGCAACUUAUCGCAAUGGAAAUUGAUGAACCUAUUAUAGAAGGAUCAUCAAGAAAAGAAAUUGGAUCGGAACAAGAAUCGUCUGGUGAUGAUAAUUAUGAAGCUGAUUUUGAACACUAUGCUAGACGAAGACAAGAUCGAUUUCAAGAACCGGAUGCAAAUCAGUGUGAUGAAAAUUCAAAUGAUGAUGAAAGUACAAAAUCAAUU